UAGUCUGUAGAUUACAGCCCACUUAGGAGAGCAACUUUGAUGACAGUGCAGCAUGUGCAUGAAUACUACCUCAUCUGAGUGCAAAAUGGACACUCUACAAGGCGUGGGCUACACGCUCCUUUUCAUCCCGGGAAUCCUACUGCACAUCGCUGCUUUUUGUGCCUUCAGGCUGUGCUCAUGGACAGACACCCACAUCUACAUGUUCAACCUGGCCUUGGCUGAUUCCACCCUCAUCCUUUUCCUCCCCUUUAGGAUCUAUGAUGCCUUUAGGUGCCUUCCCAAGAACUCCCUGUGCAUGUUCCUUUUCAACUUUCAUUUCCUCAACAUGUAUGCUAGCAUCCUGACCACAGCGGCCGUCAGUGUGCACAGGUACCUGGCCGUGAGGUUCCCCAUGCAGGCCAGAUCCUGGAGCAGGAAGAAGGAGACAGCAAUUGCUGUGUGUUUCAUCAUCUGGGGCCUUCUGAUAACUGUAUGUGCUGUGUUCAGAGAGGAGAACAGCCCUGACAAACUCUGGACUUGUUAUGAGAGACGCAAAGAUAAACCUCUCAGUCUUGUUUUUAUACUUCUGCUACUUCUUCUGGGCUACUUUCUUCCACUGUUGACAAUAGUAUUUUGUUCAAGUCAAAUUAUCUACAUUUUGUUCAAACUUAAUGAUGAAACACAGGAGAAGAAAGGCAUCAUUGGAAUAGUGACGGCUAAUCUGGUUGUCUUUGUGGUAUGUUUUACUCCUAUAAAUGUGAGCUACAUAGUGAACUACCUGAGUAAGCCACCUGCAGACUGGCAGUGCAGGCCCAUGCUUGCACACACAUACUUAAUAGUUUCUGAGUGGAUCGCCUCAACCAACUGCUGCUUUGACUCCAUCAGCUAUUACUUUCUUCUCAAACAUUUUUACUCUCAACAAUGA